AUGUACAUCCCAUCAGCCCAGAGCGUCCUGACCGCCGGCCUGGCCUUCACCGGUACCCUGACGAAACCGUCAACCGUAGCCGAGGGCAGUGUAAUGGACUACGCCGUCGAGACCUGCAGAGACAACGACGGCAACACGCGCUGCACGAAGCCCUUCCUCGUGACGCGAUCGACCUGCUACAACAUCGAGUGGAGCACCGAGGGCGUCGUCACCCACACCACGGCCGAGGUCCGGGAUGCCGGCUCGGAUGAGCUGGUCUUCUACCGGGAUACCAAUGGCGAGUGGACGGCCGAGAAAGGCGAGCUUGUCUAUCUCGACUUCAAGCCCAAGGUCCCUGCCACCGGCAACCAGACUGUCGACUACAAGGUUAAGACGUGCGAGUAA